AAUCACUCUAUACCAACAACUCCAACUAAAUUCUCUCUCUCUAUAAUAGAAUAGCGAGGACGUCAAAUGUAAUAAGAGUAAGAACAAGUACAGCCCUUUUCACCCACCAAAAUUUAACCUAUGUAUAUAAAUAUACACAACAUUAUAACCAUUUACCAAACAUCCAUCAUACAUAUAUUACUCAUCAUCAAGUUCCUAUUUUCUCUCUGACAAACAACACAGAGUAAGUAAGAAUGGUACAGACGAAGAAGUUCAGAGGUGUCAGGCAACGCCAUUGGGGUUCCUGGGUCGCUGAGAUUCGCCACCCUCUAUUGAAACGGAGGAUUUGGCUGGGGACGUUCGAGACUGCGGAGGAGGCAGCAAGAGCCUACGACGAGGCUGCUAUUUUAAUGAGCGGCCGCAACGCCAAGACCAACUUCCCCCUCACAAACAACAACAACAACAACAACACCGGAGAAACAGCCGAGGGCAAAACAGAUAUUUCAUCUUCGUCCUCGAUAUCAUCCUCAUCGUCGUCAUCUUCCUCGCUCUCUUCCAUGCUCAGCGCCAAACUGAGGAAAUGCUGCAAAUCUCCAUCUCCUUCCCUCACCUGCCUCCGUCUCGACACUGCCAGCUCCCACAUCGGAGUCUGGCAGAAACGAGCCGGUUCCAAGUCCGACUCUAGCUGGGUCAUGACUGUCGAGCUCGGUCCCGCGAGCUCCUCCUCCCAAGAGACUACUAGUAAAGUUCCUCAAGAAGAUCUUGGUCCGACGACCACUGAGGUUGAGGUUGAGGUUGGCCGGGGAGGAGAAGAAGGGUUGGAUGAUGAGGAGAAGGUUGCUUUGCAAAUGAUAGAGGAGCUUCUCAAUACAAACUAAAUAUGAUUUGCUUGCAUAUGCACCUGUUUUUAUUUCUGGUUUACAACCAUAAUAAUCAACUUAUAUACCGUAUAUUUUAUUAUUUUUAUAUAUCGUACGUUUUUAUAUUCAAAUGUGUUUAGCUAAAUUGUUUCUCAUAUUUCCACAUUUGUAUCAAAUAAAGUAUUAGUAUUUGUAACUAAAAUCCAGA